UACAGUGACAUGGCUUAUUUUUUUAUGUACAGGUACAAUGCAGAAGAAACGAUCUGCAGUGUGGAGACACUUCGAUGAGGAAGGGGAUAAUAAGGUAGCCUGUAAGACUUGUCACAAACGACUCACGAAGCAUGGUAACACUUCCAUGAUGAUCAGACAUCUCCGAGGGCAGCAUCCAGAGAUCAUGCACUGCCUGCUGGAUGCUGAUGGACCCACUGUGACAGGAGAAGGUGUCUCGUGGCAGUUAGAAGAACAGCAGGUGGAAGAGGUUGUGGAAUCACUUCCUCCACUAGAAAACUCAGUGAAGAAGAAAAGAUCAACUGUUUGGAGACACUUUGAAGAAGAGGGCAAUGAUAAAGUUAGCUGUCGUAUAUGUAACGAGAAGUUGGCCAAGCACGGUAACACCUCGUCAAUGUUGCGUCAUCUCCGAGGCAAACAUCCUCAGCUCAAGUUGGGUGAACUUCAGGGAGACAGGAAGCUGAAUCGUUUGCAUCUUCGGGCAAGCAAUUCUGAGUCGAGAUUCUUAUCUGUAUGUGAGCGCUUGUUGCGCCACAAUCAACUGACUGACUGUACUCUUGUAGCUGAUGGUCAAUUUGUCCAAGCUCAUAGACUCAUCCUGGCUACAUGCAGUGAGAGUUUUGAGGAAAUGUUCAAAACGGUGAUGCAUGCAAAUCCAGUUAUCGUUCUCCGGGAUAUUACCAUUCAAGAACUUCGAGGUUUGAUCAACUAUAUGUACAAAGGAGAAACUCUCGUUAAAUCCAGUGAUCUUCCUGGACUCCUUAAAGCAGCAGCUCAGCUUAAAAUUAAAGGGUUGAGUCAGAUGGGGCUGGCAGACUCAUGGAUGGAUGACUCGAGAUCCGCCGGUGGCAUGCAGUCACAGCACAUGACCACCACCAAGACCGACAUGAACUUUUACCAUGAUGACCCUGUUAUGGGUGAUCUGGACGAUGAUGAUGAUGAUGAUGAUGAGGUACAUCAACAUGUUGAACACUCCGCUCAAGGCCAAAGAAAGAAGUCUGACCCUGCUUUAGAUCUGAUGGCAAUGUACGAGGAGGUUGAAGUGGAUGAGGCGCACUCUGGCGUACUUGCGAACUCAGAGGACAACAGUAGGGGCUUGAAGAGAGUGCAGAUCAAACUUGAACAUGGAACAGGUAUUGGAGAGACUCAUGUCCAGACUUCAGUUGAAAAUCCUCCUGUUAUGUCUACUCAUCUUCAUCCACAACAGGCUCACCAGUCCAGUGCUCCAUUUUUGACCACUCAAGACAUAGACAUUCACAAAGAGUCCAUUGAGAUGCGGGAGGAUCACCAAGGUGCCGAAACAAGAGCAACGAUCCAAGAGUCUGGUGUGAUCCUGCUGGGUUUGUCUGACGGAGCCUCAGGUCGUGUUUAUGCUGGUGGCUCCUCUCACACAUCAACACCAAUAACCACACAGUCUUUACGACCAACACAUCCACGUCGCUUUCGAAAGUAUUCAAAACAAGACCUCAUUACUGCACUGAACUUGGUUCGUGAUGGGCACCUCGGGAUAAAACCAGCUGCCCGAGCUUUCAACAUUCCUGUAGCUACGCUCUACAACGUUACCAAAAGGCACAACGUCUCCAGCCCCAUGCAGCAGGGAGCUAAUGAGAAAACCUGGCGAGAUAAAGGCUCUCUUGUUGUUAGUACAGAUGGCCGACACUUCCAGUGUCUGCCAUCUUGCUCUUCUAUGCUGCCUGACUCUUAAGUCUACCUUUUAUUAUUGUUUACAAAACAUUGUAGGUAAUUACUUGUUGUCUAUCUUGCCUGAGUUGACUGUCUACUUUUUGUUUAUAGAAAUAUAACAUAGAAAACAAACUGUAGCUACAUUUAUUCUUUGCUUUGGAUAGAUUGUUAUAACUUUGGAAUCUAUUCAUAUUUGUUUUAUUUUAUAAUGUGCCUAAAUGCAUAUCAUUGAGAGUACAAAUAUGUAUAUUUGUAUAAAUGUAUCAUAGUAGAGUAUUAUUUACCAAUUGACUCAAAUAUUAAAUCUAAAUAAAGCAUUGGGGGAUUUCCAAAAAAGAUUAGUAAA